AUGGUUUGCUCUCUGAUUAGUAAAUCUUUGAAUGAAGUUACUUUUACUACAGUACUGCUUUGUUUUGUACCAUUAUACGAAAGAGCGAUAGCUGUCGUUGUUCAUGGUGAGAGGUAUCGUGGUCCCUUUGUACGGGUGGUGGGAAUCAUUGGACAACAGCAGUGUGUCCGGGAAUGUAGACACAGACCCAAGCUGUGUCGAGGAGUCAACUACCAGAAACAGGAACUACUGUGUGAUCUCGUGUUGGCCAUCAACGAAACGGUAUCAAAAUCGGACUAUGUUAGAAUUGAACUCGAUCAGACUAACCAUAUUCCAGAUGAAUGCCUGUCAUGUCCCACUGAAGAUCUGUGUGUGACGCUCUCCAGUAAGAAAGUCAACUGUAUUAGAGAAUGA